CAAUCAAACUGUUCGGAUACUGAACUCAGUUCCAAAUCGGCUUUCAAAGCGAACGGACGUGCGAUAUUGCAAGGAGAGCAUACAAAUUCAACACCGGUAAACAUGGCAACGGACAACCUUACAGCUGUUCUCCACGGCAUCGAGGACCUGCGUCUGGAGCAACGUCCGAUUCCGGAAAUCGCCGACGAUGAGGUGCUGUUGGCCAUGGACUGUGUCGGCAUUUGCGGCUCUGACGUCCACUACUUGCAGCACGGACGUAUUGGCGAUUUUGUACUAACCAAGCCGAUGAUCAUUGGCCACGAGGCUGCCGGUGUGGUGGCCAAGCUGGGCAAGAAGGUGACCAGCCUAAGCGUGGGCGAUCGCGUGGCCAUCGAGCCGGGAGUGCCCUGCCGCUAUUGCGACCACUGCAAGGGCGGCCAGUACAACCUGUGCGCCGGCAUGGUAUUCUGCGCCACUCCGCCUUAUGAUGGAAAUCUGACAAGGUACUAUAAGCACGCGGCGGACUUCUGCUUCAAGCUCCCCGACCACGUCUCCAUGGAGGAGGGUGCUCUGUUGGAGCCACUUUCAGUGGGCGUGCACGCCUGCCGUCGCGCUGGAGUUGGCUUGGGUUCCAAGGUGCUCAUCCUGGGUGCCGGACCCAUUGGCCUGGUCACCCUGCUGGCCGCCCAGUCCAUGGGCGCUUCAGAGAUUCUGAUCACCGACCUGGUGCAGCAGCGUUUGGACGUAGCCAAGGAGCUGGGUGCCACGCACACGCUGCUUCUGCAGCGGGAUCAGCCCGCCGAGGAGACCGUCAAGGUAGUGCACCAGACGAUGAGCGGAGUCCCGGACAAGGCCAUCGAUUGUUGUGGAGCUGAGAGCAGCGCCCGACUGGCCAUCUUUGCCACUCGCUCUGGAGGAGUGGUGGUGGUGGUGGGCAUGGGAGCUCCUGAGGUGAAGCUGCCGCUGAUCAACGCUUUGGCCCGCGAGAUUGACAUCCGAGGCGUAUUCCGUUACUGCAAUGACUAUGCGGCAGCCUUGGCCUUGGUGGCCUCCGGCAAGGUGAACGUCAAGCGUCUGGUGACGCACCACUUCGACAUCACAGAGACGGCCCAGGCGUUCGAGACCUCCCGCCUCGGCACGGGAGGGGCCAUCAAGGUCAUGAUCCACGUCCAGCCGCGGGACGCCAACAACCCAGAAAAAUUCUAAAUACAUACUCUUAUCUUUAAA